AUGCAAGCCAGCACCUGGUGGGAACAUAAUAAGUUAGAUGAGGAUGCUACAAGGGAAAUCGUCUUCUGGAAGGACAACUUUGAAAUAUGUCAUGGCCAACCAAUCUGGCUGGCCAACCCAAAACCAGAGAUCCUCACCUACUCUGAUGCAAGUAAUACCGGCUGGGGAGGCUACAGUGUUGAGCUGGGUGGUAGGAUUGCCAAGGGAAAUUGGUCACCAGAUGAAGAACUCAAAAGCUCGACAUGGAGGGAAUUACGGGCCACCCAUCUCCUAUUAGCAUCUUUCCUUCCAGAAAUCCAAGGAAAAGAUGUGCGGCAUAGGACCGAUAACAAGAAUGUGGAGUCAAUACUGCAGAUUGGUAGCCGAAAUCGAGAGCUGCAUGAUGAAGCAGUGGCACUAUACCAGCUGUGUCACCAAUUUGGUGUGCGCUUGCAGGCCGAGUGGAUUCCACGAGAAUUUAACAGCGAGGCUGACCAGCUGUCACGUGAAACAGACAUUGAUGACUAUAUGCUUAAUCCAACUUACUUUGCUGCAUUGGACAUAUUGUGGGGACCACACACAGUGGACAGAUUUUCUUCAUUUCGCACACGACAAGUCCCCAGAUUUUGCAGUCGAUAUCUCAAUCCAUUGACAGAGCAUGUGGACGCAUUUACAGUGAGUUGGUCGGGUGAGAUUAACUGGAUUUUCCCACCCCCAUAUCUUAUUCCAAAAGUUCUCCAACACAUGAAGUAUGGGGGCGAAGAUGGUACCUUGAUUGUUCCCCUUUGGUCCUCUGCCCCUUGGUGGCCACUUCUAACCACUGAUGGUCACUAUCCUCAACCUUGGAUCCUUGACUGGAUGGACCUCCCUCUUAGGGACGACAUGUUUAUCCCCGCAGUGGCUGAGAGUUGCCUAUUUGGGUUCGGAAUACCAUCAUACCGGGUAUUAGCUCUAAAGAUCUGUUUCAGUCAAUCCAUCUUGAUUAAAGAUUAUGCCGACAUUCGACCUUUUUUGUAA